AUGGAGAUAGACAAUCCGAAUACGUCACGGUCGGAUUCCGUCUCCGACAUCGAUCUCCAAGAACUUCUGCAGCGGCUAUGGGCCAUAAAAACCACCAAGGAACCAUUCUGCUCCAUAUCAGCCGACGAAUGCAUAAACGUGGCCGAGUACGCCUCCGAAGUGUUCGCGAGCCAAGAAACACUCGUCGAAAUUCCCGUGCCGGUCACCGUAUGCGGCGACACUCACGGACAGUUCAUGGAUCUCCUCCGUAUACUGACGACGGGAGGAGUUCCCCCUCAGACGACCUACGUGUUCCUUGGCGAUUAUGUCGAUCGGGGCAAGAACUCGAUCGAAGUUUUGAUUGUGCUUUUCAUUUACAAGAUUCUCUUCCCGACGCAAAUGUAUAUGAUCCGAGGAAAUCACGAGGAGGCGAGGGUCAACUCGACGUAUGGUUUCCUUAGCGAGUGCAUAAAUAGAUACGGUUUCGAAGUUUACACAGCUUUCAACAACAGCUUCAAUAACAUGCCAGUCGCGGCAAUUAUCGGCCAGAGGAUAUUCUGCUGUCACGGGGGCAUCGUGAAGGAUUUGGACUCGCUCCAAGCGAUCGCCGACAUCGCGAGACCGGUGAAGCAACCGAACGAGAACGCGAUCAUGAGUCAGCUUACGUGGAGCGAUCCGAACCGGGAUUCAGACGGAUGGACUGAGAGUGCGCGCGGAGUGGGCUUCAUGUUCGGGAAAACUCCACUCUGGCAGUUUCUGGAGAAAUUCGAUCUUGAUCUCUUGGCCAGGGCGCAUGAAGUCGUACAGGACGGAUACGAGUUCUUCGGAAUGCGGCGUUGCGUUACAAUUUUCUCAGCACCGAAAUACUGCGAUCAAUUCGAUAACGCUGGAGGCAUGAUGAGAGUCUCUAGCGACCUCACCUGCAGUUUCAUAAUAAUUCGACCCAUAAACUCUGAGUUCCCUCUGACUCGAGUCGAGUAUCACGCUUUCGCCGUAGCUCCCGUGGAGGUUGAUGCCUGCGGACGUGACGGCUCACUCACGACCUCCGGACCGAACUGGGUUUCCGCCGUGGCUGAGGGCCGUGCCCUGCCUCUGCACAGCAGCAUCCUCCACAUCGAAGCGAAGAAUCUCCCCACCGAAUCGAAGAAUCUCCCAAUCCGGGCGUAUACGCUGGGGCAGCAGCUUUUUAACGUUACGCGUAAAAAGAAGAAAAAAAGCCCGCCUGCCAGACAGCAAGCGAGCGAAACCAAAAGGCAGUACCUUUCGUGGCUUUCUCCGUCUGAGAACCACGCGUUCGCGCAAACGAAGAACAUGACGAUAUAA